UCUCGAAGCAAAGCUAAUUGCUCCAAACCGUUUUCGAGUCAUAAACCAACACAUCUCCUAUCAAAAUGAAGUCUGCCAUCUUUGCCUCCCUCAUCGCCACCGCUGCUGCUUUCGCUCCUGCCCAGCAAAAGGCUGCCUCCACCUCCCUCAAUGCCUUCGAGGACGCCCUUGGAGCUCAGCCCCCGCUUGGAUUCUUCGAUCCCCUCGGCCUCGUUGAAAGCGGUGAUCAAGAACAAUUCGAUCGUCUUCGAUUUGUUGAAAUCAAGCACGGACGUAUUGCGAUGCUUGCCUUCCUAGGACAAAUCACCACCCGAUACGGAGUCCACCUUCCUGGUGACAUCGACAAGUCCGGUGACGCGUUCGCUUCCUUCCCCAACGGAUGGGCCGCCAUCCAGGGCCCUGACGCCAUCCCCGGAGGAGGUUUGGCACAGAUUCUUGCCUUCAUCGCUGUUUUGGAACUGUCCAUCAUGAAGGAUAUCACCGGAGGAGAAUUCGUCGGUGACUUCCGUAACGACUACAUCGAUUUCGGAUGGGACAAGUUCAGCGAAGAAGCUAAGCUCUCGAAGCGUGCCAUUGAAUUGAACAACGGACGUGCCGCCAUGUUCGGAAUCCUCGGGCUUAUGGUCCACGAGCAACUCGGAGGAUCCGUCCCAAUCGUCGGAGAACUCUAAAUGCGUCAGUCUCCCGUUUGCAGCUAUGAUAAAUGUGACCCCUAACGUGGGGCGUCGCUUGCAUCUAUGGAACUUCUACUGGUAGAGAUACGCAAAAGCAUAAGUCACGACUAGCCCGGGUGUUAUCUUCAUCCGAGCUUUGUGAACGUGUACAUUAAUAUUUAAUCUACAUCCUCUUCUACGACGCAUCGUUGUAUCAUCAUGCCCCUUUAGUUUUAACUGGUACGUACCUUUAGAUAGCACCUACUUGUAACCAUGUUUCGUCAGGGAAUUUACGCUACGGGUACCAGCGAUCGUACGUACGUGCUCAAGGCCUGCAACGAUGGAUGAUUCCUAGCUUUCCCAAUAGAGCUAUUAAAGGCAAGCCCCGUAGUGGCAAGUUAUUGGCAAUUCCCCGGGUGUCAAUUUUUUCUCAUUUUCCCUACUUUUUUUCCCCUCUCCCCCCCCCCUCCAAACAAAAAAACUAUGUCACAAAAUAUUUCUAUUAGUGCUCCUUACUACUGGGGAUAUAAAAUCAGUGGUUACUACUUGAGAAUUAAUAUUAGUGCUUACUACUGGAUCACCUCUCGCAGCACUAACAGAAUCCCCUUACCCAGCAGUUCGCAGUGUUCACUACUAUGGCAUCCCAACUAGUAAGUAGUAAUGGAGGUGAUCCAGUAGUAAGCACUAAUAUUAAUUCUCAAGUAGUAACCACUGAUUUUAUAUCCCMAGUAGUAAGGAGCACUAAUAGAAAUAUUUUAGGACC